AUGGUCCUCCCACCGGCACUCCCGAGCUCUGUGGGGCCGGGGCUCCGGGGGAAAGACGACAGGAACUCACGGGCUUCAGUGACCCACGGGCUGCAGAGCUCUGGGGGGGGACGGGCAGCGAGGGUGGCGGGUCACUGCCGGCCAACGAGCGAUGAGCUCCCGGGGUUGGGGCUCCCUCCCCCCGGGCUCGGCGCUGACCCUGUCCCCCCUGUCCCCCCCCAGGCUGAGGGCUGUAACAUGACCGGUCUCUGGCGCAGUGGUCUGGGCUCCGCUGUGCACUUGGCGGAGAGGGGCGGCGGUGCGCUCCGCGGCCGCUAUAUGACGGCGGUGGAGGUGCAGAAGGGAGACGCCGCUCCCGAGAGCGAUGUGAUGGGGGUCAGGAACACGGGCAGGAACCCCACAUUCAGCUUCUCGGUGGCCUGGGCGGCAGGCUCCACCACCUCCUGGGUCGGGCAGUGCUUCGUGCAGGAAGACGGACAGGAGGUCCUGAAGACCAUGUGGCUGCUGAGAUCGUCUGCGACAAGCCCUCAAGAGAACUGGGCAGCCGUGAGGAUCGGGGAGGACACUUUCCACCGCAGCCCUGGCAAUGUGGUAUCUGAGCAGCUGAGGGCGGGCGCAUAACAGCAGCCGUCCAGCGAAUAGUGUCACCAAUAAAGCAAUGUCCACUUGAUCUUCUUUAA